UGGUGGGGGAAUUUUGCAAUAGAGAUUUUUCUGUCAUUCAUCACCAGAGUUACCUGUUUAUGUUUAUAGCUUAUGAGCUAUCUCUUUGAGGGUAUAGAGGAGAAAGAAAAAAGAUUCUUGAUUCUGAAUUUUCCAAUUCAGCCUUUUGGGAAUUGGGAUUAUUGCUUCAAAUUUUGUUCCUUUUUCUGCUUUUCGAUUGAAUGCAUUGAAGGGUUAGUGCAGAAAUAUUUAAGGGGUUCUUGAUGGAGUUGCUUUUCCUCUAACCUUUUGUUAUAUAGAGUCCAUAUAAAGGUUUAUCCAUAAGAAGUUUUCUGUAGCUCAGAGCGUUAGAGCACAUGCUAUCAAUCACAGCUGCAGAAGAAAAAAAUCAUCAGAAAUUUCUCCUAUAAUUUUACACACUUGUGUGUAAUAAAACGUAAAAUUUGUUUACUUCUUGAAGUGUCACAUUUAGCUUCUUAAGCCUUCAUUGAGAAACUUAAUGGGCUGUCAGUAAAGGCCUCACCGAGACUCUUGACUAUGAGCCAGCUCAAUUGCACUUAAUGGGCUGGCUUAGCAAAAUCUUCAAGGGUUCAAACCAUAGAGUUUCGGAGGGGAGAUAUGAUUGGAGGUAUGAAGCUGAAGCUGAUACCAUAGAAAAUCAUCCAUCUACAUCGUGGGAUGAUUCAUGGUCAGAGAUUGAAGACAUAGACCGUGCUAUUGCUUUAUCACUUUCAGAAGAAGAACAGAAAAGAAACAGCCUGACUGACAGCGAACCGCAUAUAGAAGAAGAUGAACAACUUGCCAGGGCUCUUCAGGAGAGCUUGAAUGUCGAGUCUCCACCCGAAUCACACAGUCAAAAUGAAAGUGUUUCUGAAAAUGGAUAUGAAAGCGGCUAUGGACAUGAAAAUGAGAGUCUCUACCAGCCUUUACAAUUUCCGUAUUCAGUAGGCUUCAGGAUAUGUGCUGGCUGUAACACAGAAAUUGGGCAUGGAAGAUUUUUAAGUUGUAUGAGUGCAGUUUGGCACCCAGAAUGCUUUAGAUGCCAUGCAUGCAGGCAACCGAUAUCAGAUUACGAGUUUUCCAUGUAUGGGAGCUACCCAUAUCACAAGACUUGCUAUAAGGAGUCGUAUCAUCCGAAAUGUGAUAUCUGCAGUCACUUUAUUCCUACAAAUGCAGCUGGCCUAAUUGAAUAUAGGGCUCAUCCUUUUUGGUCCCAAAAGUACUGCCCGAGCCAUGAACAUGACGGUACAGCUCGAUGCUGUAGUUGUGAGAGAAUGGAGUCAUGGGAUGCGAGAUUUGCUGCUCUUAACGAUGGUCGAAAGCUCUGCCUGGAGUGUUUGGACUCGGCAGUUAUGGACACUGAUGAGUGCCAGCCGCUUUUUCUCGAUAUACUCGAGUUCUUCGAAGGGCUGAAUAUGAAAAUUACCCAGCAAGUCCCGUUACUUUUGGUCGAGAGGCAAGCAUUGAAUGAGGCAAUGGAUGGCGAGAGACAUGGGCAUCAUCACAUGCCUGAGACGAGGGGUCUUUGUCUCUCGGAGGAACAAACAAUCAGCACUAUACUGAGGAGACCCAGGACAGGUGGAGGAAAUCGAGCAAUGGGCAUGAGAACAGAGCCUUAUAAAUUAACUAGACAUUGUGAAGUGACAGCCAUCCUCAUUUUGUAUGGUCUUCCAAGGUUGCUGACUGGAUCAAUAUUGGCUCAUGAGAUGAUGCAUGCCUGGCUACGACUUAAUGGUUUUCGAACUCUCAGACAAGACGUCGAAGAAGGAAUCUGCCAGGUCAUCGCCAGCAUGUGGUUGGAAUCUCAGAUUCUGUUCAUGUCUGAUGCUGAAAAUGCGUCCACCUCAUCAUCAUCAUCAUACGCCUCGACUUCAAGACAAGGAGCAAGAUCACCGUUUGAGAAGAAACUCAGCGUGUUUUUCAAACACCAGAUUGCAACCGACACAUCCAUUGUGUAUGGACACGGUUUUAGGACCGGUAAUCAGGCCGUGCAGAAAUUCGGCUUGCAGAGAACCCUCGACCACAUGAGGGAAACGGGAAACUUUCCUUACUGAAAAUUUAGUUUUCAAACACUUGAGAGCAUAUUUAUUCUUUUUUUUUUUUUUUCACAUUUUCCUUCUUUUUACUUGUUUAUCGAAUCAUAGCGUGGCCUUUCCUUGUAUUUGCAUCGAGGCCACGUUUCGUAGGAAAUACAUGCCACGAGGUAUAGGAGUC